UCGCACAUGUGCAUAGUUCACGUAUAAGCUGCAGAUAUUUCUUCCGUAGGUGAAAAUACUCCCAUCUGAGACUCAGCGGCUCUUUGCAAAAUAUGUGACCACGUGGAGUGAUCUGAGGAUUACAGACGUUUUUGGCAAGUUUCAUUUGGACGGACUUUAAUUGCAUCUCGACCUUUUUGCAGCUAUUUUAAAAUAUGUGGCUUAGCAGUUCUACCCACCAGCACAAGCUUGUUCUUGACUGGUGCAGAAAACUGUCCAGACCAGUGUCCUCUAUGGGGCCUCCAGCAGAGACUUUCCACCUGAGCCCAGAGGACAGAAGCCGGGACCCUGCGGUCAGAAGGCGCCACAGAGGGUCAAAUCCCUCCACUGCUCCUCGUCACCCUGCUGUAGCUGAAAGGAUAUCAGACCGUGAGAGGUCAUUCAAGGAUAAAUCCUCAAAGAAUGAUAUCCCACUACCACUGAAUCAUGGGAGGAGGGGAGUCUUCAAGGUAUCAUCUGAGCUCAGGAAACUGAGUCUGGAAGACUUCCCUGCAGACAAAGAGAGGAAGCUGAGACCGAAGCAAGAAGAUAGGGCUGAAGUUGUCUUUGGCAUUGCUCCCUGUCUCCUGGCUCUCACUCAGGGGAGAAGGAAGGUCUACCAACUGUUGGUUAAAGACGGUGACGCCUCUCUGAGGGCCUCUGUCUUAUCGGUAUGUGAGGAAGCACAUCGACGAGGCGUACAAGUCAGUCGGGUGAGCAAGAAGGAUCUGGACAAGAUGUCCUCUGGAGGAGUACAUCAGGGGGUAUGUCUGCGAGCCAGUCCCCUGAACUUUCUCACCUUUGACUCCGAAUCAGACACAAGCGGGCACGGCGUUCCUCUGUGGCUGGUCCUGGAAAGAAUCCAGGACCCGAUGAACCUGGGUGCCAUCCUGCGCUCUGCUUAUUUCCUCGGCGUGGACAGGGUGAUCAGCAGCCUUCGAUACAGCUGCCCGCUGUCUCCGGUGGUCAGCAAGGCCAGCUCGGGCGUCAUGGAGGCCAUGAGGGUGUACGGGUGCGACAGCCUGGAGGACAUGUUGAGGACGAAGGUGACCAGGCCUACAAUGCUGCUGAUGGGAGGCGAGGGGGAAGGGCUCUCCGGGAAGCUCCUCUCCGUGUGCCAAACCCUGCUCACCAUCCCAGCUGGAAGAGACUUGGCACCUGGCAUCGAGUCUCUCAACGUCUCUGUGGCCGCAGGCAUCAUGCUGCACUCUCUGCUCACAAAAUCCAGGUGGUUGUCGCAGAAGGAAAGUAGACCUUAACGCGCCGGUAAACAAUAUCUGGGUGAAGCCUGAAAUUACGAAGCUGGUGAUUCACUGGUAUUAUUAUCAAUAAACCUUUUCCAAA